AUGACUUGGGAAAGCAUUGCUGCUUCGAAGAAAAAAUCAGUUUAUGAGGGUAUUCCAGUUGAAUGGCGCUUAAGCCAAAUCCCCUUAAUAGAAGAGGUACCAAACGUAUAUGUGUAUCUUAAUAACGUUUUAUCUAAGGAGGAAAGAGAGAUCACUAAUUUAACUGCAGUUGAGAUUGCGAAUAGGAUUAAACUGGGACAAUUGACUUCAUUAGUUGUCACUAAGGCUUUCUGUCAUAGAGCCGCACUAACGCAUCAACUUACCACCUGCUGCUCUGAAAUAUUUUUUGAUAGAGCCUUUGAGAGAGCUGCAUUUCUUGAUAAAUAUUAUAAAGAUAACAAUGGUUCAGUUUUGGGCCCUCUCCAUGGCGUUCCUUUAUCUUUAAAAGAUCAGGUAAACUUGGAAGGAAUUGACUCCGCAAUUGGAUACGUUUCGCAAGUAAACAAACCCAAGUCUAAAGACGAAGUUUCAUUGUUAGCAAAGAUAUUAGAGAAAGCUGGUGCAGUAUUCUACGUUAAAACGACAACUCCAAUGGCGAUGUUAGCAGCUAGUACAACAUCUAAUAUAUAUGGAAGUACACUCAAUGCUUUUAAUAGAAAGUUAUCUAGUGGUGGGUCAUCUGGUGGUGAAGGAGCGAUUGUCGGGGCGAGGGGUGCACCAUUAGGAUUUGGUACUGAUAUCGGUGGUAGUAUUAGAAUUCCUUCAUCUUUCCAAGGCUUAUACGGCUUAAGAGCUUCUUCUAAUCGUAUCCCGUACGUAAAUGUCUCGAAUUCUUAUUCCAGUGCUCCUGUACUCUCAUCUGUAAUCGGCCCGAUGAGUUGGGAUCUUGAUGACUUGAAGUUUGUAACUAAGCUCAUUUUGGAUGCGGAACCUUGGCUAAAUGAUCCAAAGACACCGCCAGUACCAUGGAGAGAGCAGACAAAAUUGGAAAAUUCUCCGAAGCUAACUUUUGGAAUUAUUUCUGGAAACGGAUUCUCGAGAUUGCAUCCUCCAAUUGAAAGGGCGCUUAAAAUGGCAAGGGAGGCUCUUGAAGCACAGGGACAUGAAAUAAUUGAGUGGGAAAUGCCAGUGAAAUUUCAAGAAUUGCGUGACCUCUACGCUCUGAUAUCUAGCACUGAUGGUUACAAAGAAGUUAUUGAUGAAUGUGCAAAAUCUGGGGAACCAAUUGUGCGUGAUCUUUUGAAAGGUUUUCAAUCUGAUGGUGAUAAGCUCCCCAAGUUUCCUAAAGGAAUUUCUCAUGUUCACGAAGAGUGGGAGUACGCUAAGUUGAGAUAUGAGUAUCAGCAAAGGUUUGAUCGGUAUUGGCUUCUGACAAUAAGCAGUACUACUACAGGUAGAGCAAUUGACGGGAUCCUUUCUCCUGUGUGGGAGUCCGCAUCCUUCAAACCUAAUGAUGUAAGAUACUUUGGCUUUUCUUAUACUGUCCUAGUAAACAUCUUAGAUUUGAGCUCUAUUACUGUGCCCGUUACAGUCGCAGAUAAAUCAAUUGAUACUAAAGACCCGACUUAUGUACCAAGUGGUGAAGAAGAUCAAAGAAUUUGGGAUUAUUAUGAUCCAGAACUUUACCAUGGUGCUCAAGCAGGUAUUCAAAUCAUAACCCCAAGAUAUGAAGAAGAGAGAGCUAUUUUCUUAGCUGGAGUAUUACGAGACUCACUCUUGAAUUAA